AUGGUGCAAGAGGCAGAUUAUCCGGCAUCUGGGCGCGUAUUCAUUCUGAAAAAUGUCCAUGUUUUUGACGGCGUUCGCUUCACCGAAUGCCGGUCGGUGGUCAUCAACGGUGACAAAAUCGGCGACAACCCAGAAGGCGCAAGUGAAACGAUUGACUGCAAUGGCCAUUUUCUCAUCCCUGGCUUAAUCGAUGCCCACGUUCACCUGCAUCAUGAAGGGCAUCUGCAGAGUCUCGCGAGUCAUGGAGUUACCACAGCCCUGGACAUGGCUAUGUGGCCUGCGGAAAAAAUGAACGCAUUAAGAGAAAGGCCUGGCCUUCCGGAUAUCAGAAGUGCUGGAUUACCCGUGACGGCCUCCGGUAGUAUCCACAGCUGUAUGCUGCCUCUCCCGGAGGAGGCCUUACUGUCUGGUCCUGAGCAGGCUGAGCCCUUCGUGCAAAAGAGAAUUGCGGAGGGGUCGGACUACAUCAAGCUGAUUUCAGAUGUGCCUGGGCCAUCUCAGGAAACUCUUAAUGCUGUAUCUGCCGCCGCACAUCGCAAUCAAAAGAUGGUUGUGGCACAUGCUUCCAGUUUCACUCCUUUCAACAUGGCACUGGAGGCCGAUGUAGACAUCAUCACCCAUGCCCCGAGAGACAGGCCUGUUUCUUCGGAAACUGCACAGCGCAUGGUUGACAAGAAUACUAUCUCCGUGCCAACCCUGACCAUGAUGAAAGCUGUAUCCACAAGGCCUCCCCUUAUCUCAGCGCUUGGUAUGAUGAUUUCGAAGCCCUCACUCUUCAUGGCGAUCUUGCGGGCCAAGAGGAAUGGUCAAGGUGAACAAACUUAUGAGAAUGCUAGAGAUUCUGUCACGGCCAUGUAUCGUGCCGGUGUUCCCAUUCUUGCCGGCACCGACUGUCACGAUGAGCCAAACUCGUUCUUUGAUGUCAAGCAUGGAGAGGCUUUACAUCAGGAACUUGAGCUCCUAGUUGAGGCCGGCUUACCCAUUCUUAAUGCUUUGCGUGCGGCGACGGUGCUACCAGCCGAGUAUUUUAAGCUACUGGAUCGAGGCGUUAUCGCUGAAGGAAAACGAGCAGAUCUCGUUCUUCUUCGUGAUGAUCCCACGAAGGAUAUACGUGCAACGCGUAGUAUUGAACGGAUCUGGUGUGGUGGGAUUGAAUAUAAGCGUACGGGGUAG